AAGCCUAAAACUCAAAUUUUAGGACCAUUUGCUUUAAUUUCCUACACUCAUUUGCAUGCCCUUAGCCAAAAUGUCUAAGAUGUUACCAUUUCUCAUACUACUAUUAAGUUUGCCUUCUCUUAAUGGUGCCCUUUACGACGAAAAGACCGCAUAUAACCAAAUCCCUCCCAAAAUCCUACAAAAUAUGAUCUCCCAAGCGUGUGCCAACGUAGAGGACGAAGUCAAUUGCCUCUCCAACGUCGAAUCUAGGCUUCCUAAUGGCCCUAGGAACGCUUCUUCGGUCCUUAGGGCCGCCUUAGAGACUUCUCUCAACGAAGUCCAACAGGCCAUAAAAAAGGUUUCUGAUUUUAGUUCCCUUACGUCCUCCACUGCUCGUGAGCAGAUAGCAGUGGAGGACUGUAAGGAGCUCCUUGACUAUUCUGUCACGGAGCUCGCUUGGUCCCUCUCUGAGAUGAGGGAGAUUAGAGUUAGUGGAUCUGUCCAUGACCGUAGGGGAGACCUCCAGGCAUGGCUAAGUGCCGCGGUUAGCAACCAAGAUACUUGCCUUGAAGGGUUUGAGGGUACAAACCAACAUACUAGGAACUACAUUAAGGGUAGUUUGACACAAGUAACACAACUUAUUAGCAAUGUUUUGACUUUGUACACUCAAUUACACGUCUUACCGUUUAGACCACCAAGACAUAAAUCACACAAUAAUGGUUACAACAAUAAUAAUGAUACUAGGAAAAAUAAUGAUCAAGAUAAUUUUCCAAAAUGGAUGACUGAGGGUGAUAAGGAACUUAUGGUUUCUUCGUCUCCAAGUAAGGGAAUGCACGUAGACGCGGUUAUUUCUACGGAUGGGAGUGGGAAGUAUCGGUCGAUCAACGAAGCCAUUGAUGAUGCCCCAAACCAUAGUAAUAGGAGGUAUGUUAUAUAUGUAAAGAAGGGAGUUUAUAAUGAAAAUGUUGAUAUGAAGAAAAAGAAGACUAAUAUUAUGAUGAUUGGUGAUGGUAUUGGAAAUACUGUUAUCUCUGGGAAUAGAAAUUUCAUGCAAGGCUGGACUACCUUUCGCAGUGCUACUUUUGCUGUCUCAGGCAAAGGCUUCAUAGCAAAAGACAUCACGUUUGGAAACACCGCGGGUCCUAAGAACAACCAAGCCGUGGCCCUUCGAGUAGAUUCCGACCAAUCGGCAUUUUACCGGUGUAGUAUGGAAGGAUACCAAGACACACUCUAUGCACAUUCCCUACGUCAAUUCUAUAGGGAUUGUAACAUUUAUGGUACCAUCGACUUUAUAUUUGGUAACGGGGCUGCGGUGAUCCAAAACUGCAACAUAUAUUCCCGGACCCCACUUCCACUCCAAAAGGUCACUAUCACGGCCCAAGGACGAAAAAGCCCACAUCAAAGUACGGGCUUUUCGAUCCAAAGCAGCUUUGUUUACGCGAACCAGCCCGCCUAUUUGGGCCGGCCCUGGAAGCCCUUUUCUAGGGUGGUCUAUAUAAACUCAUAUUUGAGUGCCAAUAUUCAACCUAAGGGUUGGUUGGAGUGGUAUGGAAAUUAUGGUUUGAACACCUUGUAUUAUGGAGAGUAUAGGAAUUAUGGGCCCGGUUCAUCGGUAGCGGGCCGGGUCAAAUGGCCCGGGUUUCAUAUUCUUAGAGAUGCUUCUGAAGCUAUGUUCUUUACUGUUGGACAAUUUAUUGAUGGUAUGUCUUGGUUGCCAGAAACAGGAGUCAAAUUCUCAGCAGGUUUGACUAAUUAAAUCAGAUCAUUUUUAUGUGAAUAUCUAAGAUGUUUAUAUUAGUUUUCUAAGAUUGAUGUAAUACAAUAGCUUUUUCUAAAUUAUUACUCCAUAACUUUGCUACGGUGUACAUAUAUACUAGUCCCCUACCAAAUUAUGUUUUAAUUAAGUAUAAUACAAUAUUUGAUUUUGUAUGGAAUACAAAAAUCAUCUUUGACCAUUAAUAAUAUAUCUUAAU